AUGCCUUUCAACAAAGCCAAGAAUGCAAACGAAACGCCGGCUAGUGGUUCUUCCAAUGCACCUACGGCAGACAUCGUUGGCGUUGUGAAUGCCGCAUACAGUGCUCUCGCCCGAGAGGGAGUGGCUGCUUCCUAUGCUAAGAGUGUUGCAGAGGCCUUUGGGUACACCGCGGAACAGCUUAAGUCAGUUCCUGAAGGAGCUCAUAUGGGGUUGAGUUGUGGUAAUCCUGUGGCAGCCGCAUCUAUUAAAGAGGGAGAGACCAUCGUCGACCUCGGCUCUGGCGGAGGCAUCGAUGUUUUCCUCGCCUCUGAAAAGGUUGGACCGUCAGGCAAAGCAAUUGGGCUCGACAUGUCAGCUGAUAUGAUCGCAUUGGCUCGUAGGAAUGCCUUCAAGAAAGGUCUCAAGCCCCCACACGUCGCUUUCGUCCAGGCGCUCCUGACUGAGCCUUUGCCCAUUGAACCGAACUCCGUCGACUGCGUUCUUUCCAACUGUGUCAUCAACUUGCUCCCGCUCGAGGGAAAGGCCAUUCUCCUCAAGGAAGUGCAUAGGAUUCUCAAACCAGGUGGUAGGGUUGUCCUAGACGAUAUUGUUGCGAGGAAACCUUUGCCAGAAAACAUCAAGAACAACCUCUUGGCGUACGUUUCCUGUAUAUCCGGUGCCACCCUGGAGGAACAGUACAAGUCUCUUCUCGCGGAUGCGGGAUUUUCUAAUGUUCUCUUCAUCGACACCAAGAAUGAUUUCACCCCGGGAAUCAAGCCAACCAAACCCGAUUUCGACGUAAAUGAGUGGGUUGGAUCGUUCCAGAUCUACGCUCUGAAGAACGGCCCGACGGCUGAGAAUCCACCCACCGCCCUCCUCCGCUGGUGGGACGCCUACCCAACCGUCGACUCCUCUCCCUCCUUCCUCGCCGCCGAAGAAGUAGCAGCCUUCAUCCGCGACCCUACAGCAGCAUCCAAGGACAUUGCUAUCAUUGACGUGCGCAGGAACGACCAUGCGGGUGGGCACGUACGCGGAAGUCAUAACUGGGCUGCACAGACAUUCUAUGAUGACCUGCCUUCUUUCUACGAGCAGUUCAAGGAGACGCCCCGCGUUAUUUUCUAUUGUCAAAGCUCUAAUGGGCGCGGUCCGAGAUCUGCUGGAUGGUACCAAGACUACCUGGAUGCGCAGGGUGAAGGGUCUCACAAGUCCACUGCAUAUGUUCUCGAAGGAGGCAUCAAGAACUGGUUGAAGACGUUCGAAGGACAGGAAGACCUUAUCGAUAGGGAUUGA